UAAAACCCCUCAUAACAAACACUUCAGAGCUUUGCAACUAGCCGGGUAACAGUUUUGGAUUUUUGGUUUAGUUGCAAAUUAACUGUUAUUAUUUUGCAGUUGGUGGUGUGACUAUUGAUUUUCUGUCCAGGUUUCACCUCAUGGACUCAGGUUCACCAUGCCAGUGGUUGAGGGAGUUGAGAUUGGAUUCCCAGGGAUUAAAUCCAAUAAGCCUUCUUAUUGACUGUGCCAAAUGUGUUGCAUCAGGAAGCAUCAAGAAUGCAGAUAUUGGGCUUGAGUACAUAUCUCAGAUUUCAUCUCCUGAUGGCAAUGCAGUGCAAAGAAUGGUGAGUUAUUUCAGUGUAGCACUUGCACACAGGAUAAUAAAACAUUUACCAGGUGUGUAUAAAUCUAUCAGUCCCUCAAAAACAUCACUCUCUCAAGACGAUAUCCUUGCUGAGAAAUGCUUCUACGAGCUGUGUCCCUUUUUGAAGUUCUCAUACCUCAUCACAAACCAAGCCAUUGUGGAGGCAAUGGAAUGUGAAAAAGUGGUUCACAUCAUUGAUCUUCAUUGUUGUGAGCCAGCUCAAUGGAUAGAUCUUCUACUCACUUUCAAAAACCGUCGUGGAGGUCCACCCCAUCUGAAAAUCACAGGCAUCAAUGAAUCGAAAGAAGUGUUGGAGCAGGUGAACUUUCAUGUGACAUCAGAAGCUGGGAAGUUGGAUUUUCCUUUGCAGUUCUACCCAGUUGUUAGCAAAGUGGAAGAUGUUGACUUUGAGAAGUUACCUGUUAAAACUGGAGAUGCAGUUGCAAUAACUUCUGUUCUUCAGCUGCAUCUGCUUCUUUCCACUGAUGAUGACAUGGGUGGAAGAAUCUCACCAGCAGUGGCAGCAGCAUCCAUGAAUCUGCAGAGAGCAGUGCAUUUGGGCCAAAGGACUUUUGCAGAGUGGCUUGAGAGAGAUAUGAUCAAUGCAUAUAUAUUGAGUCCUGAUUCUGCAUUGUCGCCUCUUUCCUUUGGUGCCUCACCUAAGAUGGGGAAUCUUCUGAAGGCCAUGAGAAAGCUGAAUCCAAAACUUUUAGUGGUGACUGAGCAAGAAUCAAAUAUGAAUGGAUCAAAUUUGAUGGAGAGAGUUGAUAGAGCAUUGUACUUUUACAGUGCAUUGUUUGACUGCUUGGACUCCACUGUGAUGAGAACUUCAGUUGAGAGGCAAAAACUUGAGAGGAUGCUUUUUGGAGAGCAGAUAAAAAAUAUCAUUGCUUGUGAGGGAGUUGAGAGAAAGGAAAGACAUGAGAAACUUGAAAAAUGGAUUCCAAGGCUUGAAAUGGCUGGUUUUGUGAAGGUGCCAUUGAGCUACAAUGGGAGGAUUGAAGCAAAGAAUCUGUUGCAGAGAUAUAGUAAUAAAUACAAAUUUAGAGAAGAGAAUGAUUGUUUGCUUGUUUGCUGGAGCGAUAGACCAUUGUUUUCAGUAUCUGCUUGGAGUUUUAGGAGAUGAAUUGUUCAUAUAUAUGUGCUGGAUU